AUGGCAACUGAGUUAUUAGAGUAUCACAAUGUCUUGCUGAAGAGUCUCUUCACGGAGGCAAUCAUUGAACAGCAAGAACCGGUAGCUAUAAACCAGCUUGUAAGUGACUUUGACAAUGUCACAUACCAUAUCUCGACGCCUGAGGCGAAGUCUAAAAUUCUUGUCUCGAUGUACAUCAAAAGUUGGAAGGACCUUGUCAAAUAUGGCGCCCAAGAUAUCAUAAAACGUGAAUACAAGGACCUUGUUACAGAAACUGAACAAGGAUACGAUUUUUCACUUCUCAUUGAUCUUGACAAACUGCCAAACUCACUUGAGGAGCGAAUGAAGCUUGUAGCUGACCUGUCACUACUUCGCCGAAACACGAUGGCCGCUCCGUUUGAGUUGGCUUUCAAGAAGUUUCAGGCUAUGAACAAAGAGGCAACCCAGAAUGGGCUCGAUUAUUACCAGCCUUCAGCACAGGACCUGGAAAUCAUGUCAAUCCACUAUCGCGAUGAGGAAUCUAUUUUUAUUCAACCAAACUUUGAUCGCGUAACGGUAACAUUCGGUACUGUGUUCAAGGAUGAAACGGACCAAGUGUUUGGAAAGGUGUUCCUUCAGGAGUUCGUUGAUGCACGCCGUCGCGCUAUUCAGAAUGCCCCACAAGUGCUCUACAGCAAACAGCCACCCCUUGAACUUAGAGAGCUCAUCAAGAAAGAUGCGGGUAAUGUCGGCUAUGUCACGUUCGUACUAUUUCCGGCACACUUGACAGCCCAGCGUCAGGAAAGAUGCAUCUCACACAUCCAAACCUUCAGAGAUUAUUUCCAUUACCACAUCAAGUGCUCGAAAGCAUAUGUGCACUCGCGUAUGCGAUUCCGCACUGAUGAGUUCCUCAAGGUAUUGAACAGGGCUAAGCCUGAAAAUAUUGAGCGCGAACGGAAGACAGCAAGCGGGCGUCGUUUUGCUGCACGCUAG